AUGGCGGAGGCACUGUGCGAUCAGCUCUUCUCCGACGUCGACGGCGACCUGAUGCGGCAGCACACUUCCGACACCGACGACCUCUUGGGCAUCCUCGAGGCGUGGGAGGACUGCGUCACUGGCGAUGGUGCAACUACUCCCCGCGGCGCUGAGAUCCUGCGUCAGACUGCAGCUGACGCCGCCGCAACGCCCAAGCCCGCGGCCGCAAAACGUCGGCGGCAAGGGUACCGGGAAGAGGAUGGCACGGCGGUGCCGGCGCCAAAGAGGCAAAGGUGCUCUUCGGUGUCCUCGGAUGCAGCGGCCGCGAGUGAAGAUGGUGCGGCAAAUAAGACCUCGCACAUCACAGUGGAGCGCAACCGGAGGAAACAAAUGAACGAGCACCUCGCCGUGCUUCGCUCGCUCAUGCCCUGCUUCUACGUUAAGCGAGGAGACCAGGCAUCCAUCAUUGGAGGGGUGGUGGACUACAUCAAGGAGCUGCAGCAAGUGCUGCAGUCGCUGGAGGCCAAGAAGCAGCGCAAGGCCUACACCGAGCAGGUGCUCAGCCCACGGGCACCGGCGUGCUGCAGCCCCCGCCCUCCGCUCAGCCCACGGCCGCCCCUGCCGCCACUCAAGUCCACGCCGCCUAUAAGCCCGCGGCCCGCCGUCCCCAUCAGCCCCAGGACACCGCCGGCUCCCAGCAGCCCGUACAAACCAUGCAAGCAGCCGAUAUCGGUAGUGCCCCUACCGCCACCGGGCUCGUCGGCCUACGUGUCCCCGGCGAUGACGCCAACACGCGAGCCAGCGGCAGCCUCCUACCUGCCGUCGCUGGACACCAUCGCUGCCGACCUCUGCGCCUACGCCGCCACCAACAAGCAGCUGCAGGCGGCGCUGCCAGCAGCGGCCGGUGGUGGGAUCGUCCUCCCGGACGUCAAGGUGGAGUUCUCCGGCGCCAACCUGGUGGUGAAGACAGUGUCGCACCGUGCGCCGGGGCAGACCGUAAAGGUCAUCGCCGCGCUGGAGGGGCGGUCACUGGAGAUCCUCGACGCCAAGAUCAACACAGUCAACGACACUGCGGUGAACUCCUACACCAUCAAGGUGCUCUCUUCUUUCCUUUUCAUAAAUAAAUCGUAA